CAACGAAGAAAUACCCUAGGUUCUUUUGGUCUGGUUAUUUCAAGUUCUUGGGUUCAUUGAUCAGUUUGUCUGUACAAAAGACAUCGAUAUGGCUUUUCAGUGUCAGAGGGAUUGCUACAUGCAGGAGUAUACUACUUCUGUGGUGUCCUGCGCGGAAGCAGAGCUGCAGCUCGAGAACAAUGGAAAGAAAGAGAAAGUAAAGGGCUAUAACGUCAAGCUGAAAGACACCAUUCUCUUUCCCGAAGGAGGGGGUCAGCCUGAUGACGGGACCAUCAAAAAAGUGUCAGGCGAUCUCAGACAGGGCCCUGAGGCAGUGCACUUUGUGGGCUCCGCCCUGCAGGAGGGCCAGGAGGUGAAGCUGAAGGUGGACUGGGAGCGGAGGUUUGACCACAUGCAGCAGCACUCAGGGCAACAUCUUGUCACAGCGGUGGCUGAAUCCAUGUUUGGAUAUAAAACCACGUCAUGGGAACUGGGGAGACAGCGCAGCGUCAUAGAGCUGGACACUCCGUCGGUGAAACCAGGAGAAAUGGAGGCUCUGGAGGCUGUCGUCAACCAGAAGAUCCGAGACCGUGUCCCCGUCACCGUGCAGCUGCUUGCCAUAGAUGACCCCGCUGUGGAAAAGGUAAGGAGUCGCGGUCUCCCAGAAGACGCUGCUGGCCCGAUCAGGAUCAUCGACAUUGAGGGUGUCGAUGCCAACAUGUGCUGUGGAACCCACGUGUCCAACCUCAGUGACCUACAGAUGAUUAAGAUUCUGGGAACUGACAAAGGGAAGAAGAACAAGACCAACUUAAUUUUCUUGGCUGGGAAUCGGGUGCUGAAGUACGCAGAGAGAAGCUUCAGUACCGAGAAAUCACUGAUUGGCCUUUUAAAGACAGGACCUGAGGACCAUGUGGAAGCAGUGGACAAAAUCCAGAAGACAGUGAAACGCUUACAGAAGAGCAACCUUACUCUUCUUAGAGAUAUGGCGGUUCUAAUUGCGCAAAAUUUCAAGAACAGUCCAGAAAAAGGCAACUUCUUCACUUUACACAAUAAAGAUGGAGACAAUGAGUUCAUGAACAUCAUUGCCAAUGAAAUAGGUUUUGAGCACACAACCAUUUUCCUGACAGUGGGGGAGGAGAAAGGUGCCGGAAUGUUCCUUUUAGCUGGCCCCACCGCUACCAUCGACACCGUGGGGAAACGAGUGCUGGAGCUCCUCCAGGGGAAGGGGGCCGGGAAGAACGGGCGGCUGCAGGGGAAGGCUGGGUCUCUGGCCAAGAGGGCCGACGUGGAGACCCUACUGAGGGAGCACUGCAGCCAGGGGAAGACGACCGGGGAGGAGUGAAGGAGGAGAGGAGGAGGGUGGUGGAGGAGAAGAAACGAGGGAUGAGAAGAAGAAGAAGAAGAAAAGAAAGAGGAAUCGUGGAGAAAGGGUAAAUAAAUAAAAAACGACAUGGAAGAGAGAAGAGUAGGAGCAGCUGGGCUUAACAGCUGUUUCGCUUGUGAUCACUCCAACAGACUGACGUAUGCAGACAGGUGACCGUGGGAACCACAAUUAUCCUCAGGAAAAAAUAAAACAAAAACAAGUCAUGUCUUCUCGAUUGAAGACACACAUUUUUUUUAGAUCGAAGGGCACAAUGUUGAUCGUCUGUCCACAAUGUGUGUGUAUGACUCAACGUGUCUGAAAGGUUCAGAUUCGACACACGUAUGAGGAAUCUGCUGUAUACUGUAUACUGUAUACUGAAUACUGUAUUUUUCUAUGUAACAAAAUGUACCUCAUGACAUGUUAAAUUAUAUAUAGCGAAUAGCGAAUAUUAAAACCUGUCUGAAUAAAAAUCA